AUGAAACGUUAUACAGCUGUCGCUAAUUUGAGAGGCAGUCACAAUUUUCGAAAUAUCACUGAGUGUGCUAAGUACAUAUGGCGUACAGAGGGAUUCCGUGGUUACACUGCUGGUUUUCUUCCACCCCUUAUGAGCGUCACAUUUGUACGAGUCAUCAGCUUCAGCACGUAUCAAAAUGUUAAAUACCGCAUCUCCGACGAGUAUGAGCGUAUCACCGGCGUUUCACCUCUAAUCUACUACAAUCAAACCGGAAGUAUUCCUAGUUUAGCGACAAUCACGACCUUCACAGUAGCGGGGAUGUGUGCAGGUCUCGCUGCGUCCCCAUUUGCAUGCCCUUUUGAACUCGCUAAGAAUGUCGUCCAGACCUCGGUCUUGAUGUCUUAUCGAUCUCAAGCCUCGCCAGAUGCUGUGCGAGAUCCGAAGGUCCGCUCUUUACCCCGUCUAGGCACUAUUCAGGCUUUUAGGAAAAUCAUCAAUCGCCAUGGUUUUCGCGGUUUAUACACGGGUUAUCAUCUCCAUGCUUUACGCGACACGAUAGGAACUGGGCUGUAUUUUGGGAUUUAUGAAACUGUCAAGCAGGUCAUUGCCAAAGAGAUGGGCAAGCCGGCACAAAGUCCAUUUGGCCCUCCGAUGGUUGCGGGUGCUCUAUGCGGGACAGUACCUUGGCUUGUGACUUACUCCCUCGAUACGCGAAAAACACGGGCGCAGAGUAUCCUGCUUGGCCGAACGAAGGAAAUUGGAGAAGCUUCAGUUGCCGUAGCGAGGUCCAGCAUGUACAAGGGCCUAUCGGUGUCUCUGAUGCGAACCAGUUUCCAGAACAUGAUUCUCUUCAGUCUUUUUGAGUAUACCAAGACGAAAAUCAACAACCUUGAGGCAUGA